AUGGACCGCAACAACCGACACCAUUCGCAGAAGGACGCCCAGGACCCGAUCCAGGAGAAUCUCAACGCGGCUACCAGUCUGCUCUAUCGCCCGGGCUUUUUGAAGAACCUCUCGCCCAGCCGGCUGCCCUCGCAGGCCGCCUCCGACACCUCUCUCUCGCCCGGGGAGCCCCCACAGGACGCACGCUCUUUUCCCGGCUCCCAUCAUCGCCAUAGCCAUCUCAACCUGACCGCCAUUGUCAACAAGGACUCAUUUGACGAAGUUGACUACACUUCUCUGCUGACUCUUGAACGUGAUUGUAAUGGCAGCGUUCCGGAGAUAGACUCACGCGUCAGCGAAAAACUCGAAUCCCUCUUUGUGCUUGCCCGGAAGUCUUACGCCACCAUGGCCGAGCGCAGCUUUCAGACCUUUUCGCAUGGCCAUCAGGACCUUGUUUUGGCUGUGGACUUCAACUACUUUGGUACUCGCAUGGUCACCGCGUCGUCGGACCACAAACUCAAGGUUCAUGACAAGAAAGACGACUCCUGGAAUCUGGUCGAUAGCUGGAGGGCUCACGAUGCCGAAAUAGUUGAUGCCAAAUGGAAUGGCCCAUUUAUGGGCGAGGUCAUUGGUAGCAUUGGCGAAGACGGCCGAUGCAAGCUCUGGCAGGAAGACGUGACCGAAGUUCCCAUGUCAGGCAAGCGAUUCCAGCUGAUAUACAAUAUCAAAUCAGAGACAGGCGCGCCUUUCAUGUCGCUGGACUUCAAAAACAUCAUGCAAGACACUUGGCUUGCUCUAAUCACACGAGACGGACGCCUCACCGUUUAUGAGCCCGUCGAUCAGAGCACUCUGGCUGAGUGGAAUCUCAUUGCCCAGAAUUGGGUCUGUGAUAAGACUCCGGAUCGGCAGGAGGAAGUCGGCUUCAAGGUAUGCUUCCACAAGGAGAAACUUCCAUGCUGGACCGCCGUCCAGGCUGGACUGGACCGGAAAGCGCUCUCGCUCGCCGUCGUGGCCAUGCAGACAGUGAAGAUCUUUAGGACUGAUAAAGCAAAGCGCUUCUACCAAGCGGCAGAGCUCAAAGGGUCCCGGCAGAUCAUUCGGGACGUUGCCUGGGCCAAUGGUUCGCAGAGAGGCUACGAUGUCAUCGCUACUGCGAGCAAGGAUGGCGCCAUCCGUAUCUACGAUUUAAGUACCCCUAUUGCGAACACAUCCUCUUCGAAGGGAAAUGCCUCGUCCGCCUCGACCAUGGUCGAAAAUCCCGCUGCUCCACGACCCGUUGGACCUCGAAAGAAUACUCCGUCCGGGAUCGGAGCUGGACUCGCGGGGACGUCGAGUGUUGCUGAUAGUGCUCAAGACAAUGAGGGUCACCCAGGCCGCGUGAGGCAUGUGGUCAAGAAAGCUGCGGAGUUAACCCAACAUCACGGCGCAGUGUGGAGAGUGGCAUUCUCUCCCAUGGGUGAGUUACUGCUGUCAACCGGCGACGAUGGCACCGUACGAUCCUGGAAAAAGUCUGUUACCAACCAGUGGCUGGAGUAUUCAGAGAUCGACGCGGCACGUGAUCAGUGAGUUUUAUGCAUUGAUCUGGCAUUGGUGUACGGUGUCAUGCCUUUUAGUCGACACCGGUGGCGUUUGGGCGCAUCAUAAGUACGGCGUCCUUCUUUUCUUCUUGCUUCAGUCAUAGAUACCCUUUGGGGAUGCUGAUUUCGGGACUCCUGGCUGGUCUCAUGGAGCACUGCGAUCACGGUUCUGGCACUAUUUGGUCCAUGAUCCGACAUGAAAGUAUUUGCAAAUGAUCAUCCUAGAAUAGUUUUGUUCCUCUGUGAUUCUUGAAAUGUUCUCGAUAUCUUCAAGUUUCAGAC